AUGGCGCCCACACCAAAGGGAGUUGCUUUCGCAGAGCACCCCGUAAGUCAUUGAAUUGAUUUGAUUUCAUACUAGUCACUCAAUAAAAAUAUAGGAAUUCCUCACCACCCCCGCAACCCCCACCAAGCCAGCCUCACUCGUUGGACUCAAGCCGGCUCUCAAGCCAUCCUCUUCAGCGCAUGUCGACCCUGAAAAAAUCCCCUCUGAGGAUCUCUUGUCUGCCACCAUGUUUAGCGAUCUCGGCAAGCACGACUAUCCCAAGAACGGUGAGGUUCUUGGGAAGUUGUUGGACAAUCUGGAAGUAAGCUCAUUAUUCUUACUCGAGCAGUAACGCGAAUUUAUUGUUGACAAUAUGGCAUAGACCCGGUUCAAGGAGGCAGAGGAGAAGCAUGCAGCCAACCUUGGUGCCCCAACCCCCGACCCGCCAUUUACCUACCUGUCAAAGGGUGGUGUAACAUACCUGGACGUCGUUGAUAACAUGGCGGUAAGUUCAGCAAUGCAACAUUAGUUUACUUGCAAACGUACUGAUCUGGAGGAAAUCAGAGCGCAAUGCAGCAGCUGCAAUUGAAGCAGCAAGCCAAAACCAACCUGCUCCAAUUGAUCGACGAGGAAGCAGCCGCCCAACGGGCAAAAAUUGAUGAGAAGCUUGCUGCCCUCCGCCCCAAACUCGCCGCCGCCACCACCAAGUUCAAGGCAGCAGCGCGCAAGCGCACCUUAGCCGAGCGGGAAAAGGCCGAAGCAGCAGCAAAGUACGAAACCAUUGUUGCCGGUUUGAAUGCCAUCGAAGCCGAAAUCGAGGCACUAAAAUCCGCCAAGUUAUCGCCAAAGGAAGCGAGCGGCAGAGGAGGAAUUGGAGAAUGCCCAGCUUGCGGAGAUGGUGUCGUCUAG